GUCACCCGUCAUUUGCUACGGUCUCAGCUACUCCGCUCCUCUGCGCCCGCCCCACGACCCUCCGUCGAAACCAGAGGAAACAGACCGUACCUACCGACUACGGAGUACUUAGCCCACCCACGGCUAUGAGCUCACCCAGCAGACCGCGCCCGCGCCAGCCUCAGGCUCCGCGCGAAUACGAUGACGGCGCUGCCGCCAUGUAUCACAGCAGCAGCAAGCCCAACAUAAGCAGCGGCCCGCCACGCUUCGACAGCCACGACGAUUUCUACCAAUUCCUCGACAACAAUCGAGGACCCCCGCCUCCUCACAACGCCAGUCCUAGUGCCGCCGUGCCGAUGCCCACGCAGCAACCCCAGCGACUCAUGCAGCCGGCCGGCCAGCCGAACCAGCAUAUACCCGCCCAGAGCCGACCCCCGCUAGCAAAUACCUUCCCUCCCCAGGGCAGCAGUGGUGCCCCCGAACGCUCCUCUCGGCCCCCCUCGUACGCCGGCAGUAGUCGAUCCGAGGAGAUGCUCGUCGCAGAGCGCAACGGCGAAAGCAGCAAGAUGCAGCGCCAGAACGGCCGUCGAGGCACCAAGCCCGUAUCGGGGCCGCGUCCGCCCAGCAGCUCGGGGGGGUCGCCCCCCCGUUCAUCCGCCGGCUACGCCCUCAACCACCCGCAGCUCCAGCACGCCCAGGCCCAGGCCCAGGCUCAGGCGAACGGCAAAUCCGGCUCGCCGUCCGACCCCAACGCGAACCUCUCCAUCCCGGGCGCCAAUGUGCUCGGCACGUCAAUCCAGCGCCUCAAGAGCCCCAGCGUCCUCGACUGCGUGCUGCAGCCGCUGGACCAAAAGGUGCGCGAGUACGCCGAGAUCAUGACGCGCGAACAGGACGAGAUGGACCGCCUCGACGCCGAGAUCCGCGCGCUUCAGGAGCGCCGCGCCGACACCGAGGCGCGCUACCUCGACGCCAAGGGCAAGCACGACGACUACCGCCAGCAGUACGCCAACGUCGAGCGUGCUAUGCGGGGCGAGCUUCUGCCCCCCAUCACCCCUCGAGAACAGCCGCCGCCGCCGCAGCAGCAGGUGCCCAUCUCGCGGCAGCCGACCCGGCCCAUGAGUUUCCAGGAGGACGAUGACGACGACGACGACGACCUGCCCCCACCCUCGUCCCACCGACGCAUCAGUUCCCAGCAGUCCUUUGGCAGGACGUCGCAAAAGAUGGGCAAGGGCCGCUUCCGAUUCAGCCUAUUCGGAGACAGAUGAUGCAAACGAACUAAAACAAAGCCACGAGCCACCCCAGAUUUACCAGAACGGGGGGUCGGUGGUUGGACUACGGGGAUAGGAACACAAAAGGAAGCGUAAUAGAGAUCGGCGCCUAAUGACUUAUGUUAACAUCUCUUUCUAUAAUAUUGUAGCGAUAGGCUCCUUAGCGCAUGUAGACGGAUUGGCACGGAGCGAUUGGGGUCGGGUCUCUAACUCUGAAACACUUACAAGCAGUCACCUGCUGUGAGCUUCGGGGCAUGUGGUUGAAACGGAUUCGAACAUCACAUGGUGAGAGCGAGAGCAAU